AUGAAGCAUUGGACACAUGGGAAUCAUGUUGUUUCUUCCUUGCAGAUCACAGAGGCCUUGUUAAAGGAGAGAGACAAGCAAGCAAAAUGGAAUGGGAUUCCCUUGCUGUUGCAGAAGCUGUAUGAGCACAGCCACCCAAACAGCGACUUCUCCCAGUGCCAAAGCAUCCUAAAGGAAAUUUCUCCCCUUCUUUCAAUGGAAGCCAUGGCAUAUGUUACAGAAGAUAGAAAAGCUGCUCAAGAGUCCACUUUCCCAAAUACAUACACGUUUGACUUAUUUGGAGGAGUCGAUCUUUUAGUAGAAAUUCUCAUGAGACCAACUCUUAUUACACAGAAAAAGAAGCAGAAAAUAAGUGAUGACCUCAUCAAGGACUGUCUCAGCAUACUGUACAACACGUGUCUGUGUACGGAAGGAGUCACGAGGCGACUGGCAGAAAGAAACGACUUUGUGCUGUUCCUGUUUACACUGAUGACAAACAAAAAGACAUUCCUACAAACUGCAACGCUCAUUGAAGAUAUCCUGGGAGUUAAAAAGGAAAUGAUCCAGCUGGAUGAUAUUCCCAACCUGGCCAGCCUUGUGUCCAGCUUUGACCAGCAGCAGCUGGCAAACUUCUGCAGGAUCCUGGCUGUCACCAUUUCUGAGCUCGACACGGGCAGUGAUGACAAGCACACACUUCUUGCCAAAAAUGCCCAGCAGAAAAAAAACCUGGGUCCUUCUCGAGCUGAGAUUAAUCAAGCUACACUUCUGAAUAUUCCAGGCUUCAUAGAGCGACUGUGCAAACUGGCAACACGGAAAGUGUCUGAAACCACAGGUACUUCCAGCUUCCUGCAGGAGCUGGAGGAGUGGUACACCUGGCUGGACAAUGCACUGGUUCUGGAUGCACUGAUGAGAGUGGCAAAUGAAGAGGCAGAGCAGAGCAGUACAGAGUCUUCAGAUGAAAGUGGGUUGGCCAACAGCUCAACACGGACACAGCUCCCACAGUCCAUGAAGAUCAUGCACGAGAUCAUGUACAAGCUGGAGGUGUUGUACGUUCUCUGUGUGCUGCUCAUGGGGAGGCAGAGGAAUCAGGUUCAUAAAAUGAUUGCAGAGUUCAGGCUCAUUCCUGGCCUCAAUAACUUGUUUGACAAACUGAUCUGGAGAAAGCAUUCAGCAUCAGCCCUGGUUCUGCAUGGACACAACCAAAAUUGUGAUUGCAGCCCGGACAUUACUUUAAAGAUACAGUUCUUGAGGCUUCUUCAGAGCUUCAGUGAUCACCAUGAGAACAAGUAUCUCCUCCUAAACAGCCAGGAACUGAAUGAGCUGAGUGCAAUCUCCCACAAAGCCAACAUCCCUGAAGUUGAUGCAGUUGUCAACACUGACAGGAGCCUUGUCUGUGAUGGGAAGAGAGGUUUGUUGACCAGACUGCUUCAGGUCAUGAAGAAGGAACCAGCUGAGUCCUCCUUCAGGUUUUGGCAGGCAAGGGCAGUUGAAAGUUUCCUUCGAGGCACCACCUCCUAUGCAGACCAGAUGUUCCUGCUCAAGAGAGGACUCCUGGAGCAUAUUCUGUACUGCAUUGUUGACAGCGAGUGCAAAUCACGGGAUGUGCUCCAGAGUUACUUUGACCUUCUGGGAGAACUGAUGAAAUUCAAUAUUGAUGCGUUCAAGAGGUUCAACAAGUACAUCAACACAGAUGAGAAGUUCCAGAUAUUUUUAAACCAGAUCAACAGUUCCUUGGUUGACUCAAACAUGCUGGUUCGCUGCAUCACCCUGUCCCUGGACCGGUUUGAGAACCAGUCUGAUGCUAAAGUGGCAGAGGUCCUGUCCGAGUGCCGCCUCCUGUCCUACAUGUCCCAGAUGUCCAUGAGAAUGUCCUUCCUUUUCCGUCUCAUCAAUAUUAUCCAUGUACAGACACUCACACAGGAAAACGUCAGUUGUUUGAACACAAGUUUAGUUAUCCUAAUGCUGGCCCGAAGGAAAGAAAAGCUCCCCUUUUACCUGCGCACCUUGCAACAGAUGGAAUACACGGAAAAGUACCCUGGAUUCAUCCUGAACAACUUCCACAGCCUCCUGCGAUUCUGGCAGCAGCAUUACCUCAACAAGGAUAAAGACAGCACCUGCUUAGAAAAUAGCUCCUGUAUUAGUUUUACCUACUGGAAAGAGACUGUAUCUAUACUGCUCAGUCCGGACCGGACGUCCCCCUGUGCCAUAGUGAGCUACAUCGACGAGGCGUACAUGGACAUUGACAGAGACUUUGUGGAGGAGUAACCCUGGGCUCCAGCUCCCGAUGGACAGCACUUGGAGGGUCCCUUGCAGCCCGUGGAUUUUCAGGGAUACGCUGUGUAGUGUGUGUGUGAGUGUGUGUGUGUGUGUGAGUGUGAGGAGCACUGUCAAACCCCGGCCCCUCCCGGUCCCCAGCUCUGAUCUCUGACCGAUGAGACUUUGGGCAGCUCUCUGGGCAACACAUUCAGGGAUGUAUCUUCCAGUUGUUCUGGGAUAAAAAUAACCACCUGCAAAUACCAGCCUCUGUUAUUUUUUUUCCUCUCUCUCUCUCUCUCUCCCGGCCCAGCGGGGUUGGUCAGAGAUGGUUUUGCUGACAGUGAGGAUACUCUGUAUGUGCCAGUUGAGUUGUGGCUCUCUCAUGGCAAAUCAAAAGCACAGCAAUUGCCCUCCAAAUGUGAGGUCCAAGGAGCCAGUCUGACCAGGACCCCAACACCAGCCACGUGCAGAGCCCCCACGGGGACCCCCUUCAGGUGUAACCCUUCUGCUGGGGUUUGGAAUCAGGGGUUUAGGGUUGGGUAGAGCAUGAGUGUAUGAGUGUGUGUGUGUGCUUUUAAUUCCUGAGAGCUCCAGUCACCUCUUCACCAUCUCCUUUUGGAUCAUUUGGUACUAAAUCUGUGCAUUAGGAGAGAACCUCUGCUCCUGCUGUCUUUCCUGCAGAUCCUUUCCACCUGGAGGUGUUUUACAAAGCUGCAGAGAACAGAGACAUUUGAGCAGUGGUGGAAUUGCAACAGGGGUUGGCUUUUUCACGGAGCACUAGCAUUAAAAUGUACUAAUUUUUUAAACUUGCGGCUUGUCCCUUCUCUUGGGUAACUAAUCUGGUUUUAAAAUCCUUUUCAGGACCAUUGCUCUUGAUGUUAACCUGCUAUGCCUGGAAGUCUUAUGUCAGUCUCUUGCUUUCAGUCCUUAAUAUCAACACACACAUUAAUCUUGAAGUGCAAUAUUUACUGGAGAUGUCCGUAUUUCCUGCAUCUGUUUUAAUCAGAAUGUGUUAAAUGCUGGGAAUAAACACUCCUGUUCCUGAAAGUAACUUUGUAGGAGAUGUUGGGAAGGGGGGAAUUGGGUUUUGGCAGUUCUCAUUGCCAAACCUGCACUUGCCCUGCCUGCUCACCAACACUGUGUUAUCCAAGAUAGUCAGAUUUCCAGGAAUGAGAUGCAGCCACUACAUUUAAGUCAAAAAAGUGUCUUGCAGUUCCAGCUAAAAGAAACCAGUUUUGAAACAUGCAUCUGGAUUUUUUUUUUUUUUUUUUUUACAUUUUCUAAUUUAUUUUAUGAGAUGACUUGACUUCAGCUCUGUCCAGGCUCCAGAGGGCUGAGGGUGUCCCAGAGCCGGCAGCAUUUUGUGUCUUGUCAUUUCCAGCAGAAUGAGUCCCACUGAGGCUCCCAGUGCUGGGGGUGGAGGAGUGAACAAGGCUCCAGUCCCGAGGGCAGGACCUGUCUCUUUCUCAUUUGUACUUUUUUGUUCUUGGGUAUUUGUGUUUUUGGUGUAUCUUUGCUUCUUCUUAACUGUAAUAGAUGUACACUUCAAAUAAAUGCUUCAAAUUAAAAGGCUUUUAAGUUAA